CAACAGAGGAAGAAAAUGUGUUUGAUCAGUAGAUAGCAAGUAUUGAUCAGGAGGAACUAUGCGUCUGUUUUAGGAGACAGUGGAUUUGGUAAGUGCGCGAGUCAUGGACGCUUCCCUGUCUUUGCUGUGGCAGUGUGUGUUCUCGCCUGCGAAUAUUGUGGGGUUGGUUGCGUUUGUGCUUCUUUUCUAUGUGCUGCAACAGUAUGAGAGGCAUCGAAGAUACGCGAACAUCCCUCCGGGUCCAAAGCCAUGGCCCAUCGUGGGCAACUUCGGGGGCUUCCUUGUGCCUUCGUUUAUUGUAAGACGACUUGCAAAGUAUCGUAAAGAGUUUGCAAAGAUGGCCUCGAAUCCGCUGUCACCUCAGGCUGGACUCCUGGAGAUGUCCAAACUCUAUGGGAACAUAUUCAGCAUUUUUGUUGGGCCUCAGCUUAUGGUCGUGCUGACAGGAUAUGAAACUGUCCGGGACGCGAUGUUAAACCAUCCAGAGGUCUUCUCUGACAGACCACAAAUACCGCUCGUAACUAUUAUCACCAAGAGGAAAGGGAUUGUGUUUGCGCCCUAUGGUCCUUUGUGGAGGACAAACCGUAAGUUCUGUCACAGCACUCUGCGCAGCUUUGGCUUUGGCAAGCCGAGUCUGGAGCCUUGCAUCUAUGAAGGCCUGACCAUGAUUAAAACAGAACUGCAGAGCCUCAUCGAAAAAGCAGGGCCUUCUGGUAUUGAUCUGACUCCUCUCAUCAGCAGUGCUGUCUCCAACGUCAUCUCCUCCAUGAGUCUGGGUCAGCGUUUCCAUCACCAGGACCAGGAGUUCCGCACCAUGCUGGAUCUCAUGUCUCACGGGAUGGAGAUUAGCGUCAGCACAUCCAUUUUGUUGGUCAACGUCUUUCCCUGGCUCUACUACCUGCCCUGCGGGGCUUUCAAAGAACUGCGGCGUGCGGAGAUCGACAUCACAGCCUUCCUGAAGAAGAUUAUAGCGAGGCACCGGGCCACGCUGGAUCCAGAGAAUCCCAGGGAUUUCAUAGACAUGUAUCUGGUGGAGAUGCUGGCCCAGCAAAUGGGCGAUAAUUCAGAAGAGAGCUUGUUCUCAGAGGACGAUCUCUUAUACAUUAUAGGAGACCUCUUUAUUGCAGGCACUCAUACUACCACAAAUAGUGUGCUGUGGAGUAUUCUCUAUAUGUCCUUGUACCCUGAUGUGCAAGAGAAGGUUCAGCAGGAGAUUGAUGCGGUGGUGGGAUCUGAGAGAGUCCCAUCUGUGACCGAUAAGGGCAGUUUGCCGUACACAGAAGCCACCAUUAUGGAGGUGCAGAGGAUGACUGUAGUGGUUCCUCUGUCCAUACCUCACAUGGCCUCGGAAACCACAGAGUUCCGUGGAUACACUAUUCCUAAAGGAACAGUUAUCAUCCCAAACCUCUGGUCAGUACACAGGGAUCCCACCGUGUGGGAAAAUCCUGAUGACUUUAAUCCAGACCGAUUUCUGGAUGAACAGGGAAAACUUCUCAGGAAAGAUUGUUUUAUCCCAUUUGGAAUAGGUAUGUUUUUAGAAAUCAUGUAG